AUGAGAGAAUCAAGAGAAGGCACUGCUACACCUGGUGCCCGUAACAGCAGGACUCGUCCGGGAACCCCAUUCAGUUCAUGGCUACCAUCAGCCCCUACAGGCAAUCGCAUAUCCGAGACCCUGCCAGAUACAAACGAGCAGCGGUUCCGUCUCAAUACUUCCAUUGAGACAUUCCGAGACAUCCUCGAUCCGGACUUCAAGUUCCCUUCCCGCCAUGCUCUCACCCGCUACCUAACGUCCUUCUUCGAAGGCUUUCACUCGCACAUGCCGUUCAUACAUACCCCAACAUGGCGGAUAUCCGAGCACUCUGUUGAGGUCAUUCUCGGCCUCGCCGCCGUUGGUGCUCAGUACUGUUUUGAGCAUCGCAUGUCCGAAAGGCUCUUUCAUGCCGGCAAGGUCAUCCUGUUGGAGAGACUCGUGCAUGAGUCUGAAAAGCCCGGGCAUAGAACCGGCUCAUCCCUCAACCUGCACAGCGUGUCGCCCCAACGUCGCGAAUCAAGGGGCGUUCAAGAGAGAGACUGGGGCGCGUGGGAGCCUAUCGAGACAGUGCGAGCCCUGAUCGCUCUCAUGGGCUAUGCUACCUGGGAACCCAAGGUAUCGUUAGUGCAAGAAGCGUUUGUUUUACAAGCGCUGCUGGCGCAGGUCCUCCGUGAAGUCGGCCUGCAUGAAGAGAACGAGCCGGAACUCGCCGCAGAAAAGACAACGCCGCAAGCCACUUGGCAUGCCUGGGUGCGAAAAGAGUCCAUACGUCGGGCGAAGCUUAUUGCCUUCUCAUUCAUGCACACCCACAGCAUCGCGUACAACGUGUAUCCUGUUCUGCGUAGCAACGAGGUCGGUCUUCGGCUACCGUGUUCGACUGGAGAAUGGAAGGCCCAAACUGCAUGUCAGUGGCAAAGUGCUUGCCGUGAAACUGGCAAGCAACAGCUCUUCUUCCAGGAUGCCCUAUCGUUGCUUUUGAGGAACACGGACGGCACGGCACCCGUCGAUCCCAUCCCGACACCUCUGGGCAAUUACAUACUUCUGCACGGCCUGCUCCAGAGGAUAUAUAUCGUCCGGGAUCUGUCGCUGCCAGUGAUGGAUCACUCGGCGUCUUUGCCGAGCGAGGAGGUUGACAAGCUUGAACGCGCACUCCGGUCGUGGACUGCAGGCUGGCAACAGGCUCCGGAAUCGAGUCUUGAUCCAAAUAACGAGAACGGGCCCAUCCCCUUCACAUCCAGCUCUUUGCUUGGUCUAGCAUACGUGCGCAUCUACCUUCACCUCGGUCCAUAUCGGCUGCUUGAGACGCGGGAUCCCGCUCGCAUCGCGAAAGCCAUCAGUCGGUCUCCCGCGGUGGAACGCAGCAGCGGCGUCAUCACUGCGCUUUUGUACACAGCUCACAUGCUCAGCAUUCCCGUCAGGCUUGGCGUCGAUCGUGUUGCUCGCAGUCAAGCGUUCUUCUGGAGCGUCCGGCACUCGCUCUCGGGCCUCGAGUGUGCCGUCUUGCUCAGCAAGUGGCUUUCGUCGCUCACCGCGUCGACGGCCUCAACACCGCUAAGUGAUAGCGAAGACAGAAUACUGCAUUGGGUCCGGUGUAUCGUGGAAGAGGCGUACGAUGUUGUCGACUUUGAGGACGAUGAGACCGAAACGCCGACAGAUCGGGAUCCCGCCUCGCUGAGCCUGGCGGUCCUCAAGAUUUGGGCGCACUUCUUCAAGAGCAAUACGCAAUGGCCGUUUAUUAACAUCAUAGGGAAGAGCUUGGAGAAAUACCGGGAGCUUCUUAUGCGCAGCAGACUGCCCCAAAUUCCUUGA